AUGGAAGACACGACUACCGCCAAGGCAGCGCCGUCGCUGAAACAGAGGGACGUGUACGUCACUGGAUUCGGCAAGUUCGGCAACAUGUUGGAAAACCCGACGACCUUACUGGCGGAAAAGCUCAGCGGGCACCCGAAAGUGACCGAGACGCACGUCCUCGAGGUCUCUGCAGCAGGCUGUAAGCAGACGCUUGCGGACGUGUACGCAAGAGCAGAGGAGCGGGGACGGCCCUGUGUCUUCCUGCACUUUGGUGUAAGUGCCACCGCACGCACUCUCUUGCUAGAGCAAGUGGGCUACAACGUGGCGGACUUUCGGAUCCCGGACGAGCGCGGCCACGUCGCCAAGAACGAAGUGAUCCACGAGGGUGAGCCAGCCAACAUGACGACCAAAGUGUGUCUGGAUCAGGUGUUGGCGAUUCUACAGGGCGUGGACCCGCGAGUGGCUAUUUCGACGGAUCCGGGGCGCUUCGUUUGCAACUACGUCUACUACCGGUCGCUCGUGUGGGCCAACCGGCAGACGGUCAAACACCACUUGGAUCACAUCAUCCUGUUCGUGCACGUCCCCGAGUUCCGAAGUGUUUGUUUCGAGGACCAGGUCGCGCUUGCCUCUGCGAUCGUGGACAUCUUGGCGCAGACGUCAUGA